CCAUUUCUCUAGGCAACACCAUUACCUACAACAACCCUUCGUGCAUUAUUAUUCAUCGCCACUUCUUAGGGAUCGUUCCAGGCUCGUGUCAACCUUCGGGUUAGACGUAGAAGACACGAAGCCGAAAGACCCGAGGCUUCCGGUCCACGAAAGUCAAACGACGCACGAACAGAAACAGACGAAUCAUGCGUUGACGGAGAGCGGGCUUGCUGCCGGAUCUCCACGCCGUUACCCAGUCAGAGCAAUGAUUAUAUCGUUCUGCUCGUGAUCGGUGGAUCCGUCGCAGUCGUCGCGAUUCGUGAUGGCCUGCGAUGCCCCCUGGUCGUGUCACUCCGUCACCGUGCUUCGCGGUUUAAAGCCCGAGUUUAGCAGCAUGCACUCUUCUUCCUAUGCGCCUACUAACGGGUCUUCUUAUCGGAAGGACUCCAGUAGAGUUACUGUUACCAACAUGCAGUCUUCCUACGCGACGGUACAUGUGUCUCCUCCUCAUUGGAAGCACGUUAGAAGCUCUUCUCUCUCGAAGCAAUCUAGUACUGUACUUUCCACACCUGCCUUCCAGACCUCCUGCUCGAGCUCGGCCCGGUUCGGAUCCAGCCGAUCGAACAAUUCUGCGCAACACGCCGUUGUCAGGAUUCGAACUCGCGACCAGAGGUUGGCAGCAAGGUGUCAAGCGCAGGAGUUUUCGAGACCAGCAGCGGCUCCAGCGGCCGAGGUUCCGGUUUUAGGGUUUGAGACCCAAUCAGCAGUUGAGGUGGCAAGACGAGGGGGGAAAUCGUGGGGAAAGAGAGGAGGAGGAGGAGGAGGAAGGAAGAGUAGAGUGAAGGGAGAAUGUGAGGAGGAGGCAGUGGCAGUGAUUGCAGAUGUGCUGAGAGGGAAGUUCGGGCCUCAAAUCGUGAUUGGGGAGAGGGAAGAAGGGCAGAUAGAAGAAGGGAAGGAGGGUGCGGAUGGUGCGGAGGGUGCGGAGGGUGCGGAGGGUGCGGAAGGUGCGGAGGGUGCGGGUGAGGAGGGGGAGGAGGGGAAAGGGAGGGAGGAAGAGGAAGUGGGAGAGGCGGAGGAGGAAUUGGAAGAGAUUGAGGGUGACUCACUGCCGACUAUUACAAUCCAUUCUAAAUCACCCUCCUCUCCCUCCUCUCCCUCCUCUCCCUCCUCUCCCUCCUCUCCCUCCUCUCCCCCCUCUCCCCCCUCUUCCACCUUGCACCGCCGGGCGGUAUCUCCCUCCUCCCUCCUCUCCCUCUACCGCUUCUUCUCCUCCCACCUCGGCAUCUCCUCCCCUUCCACUGUCGCCUCCCUCCUUGCCUCCCACCCCGCACUCCUGCGCUCUGAUCCCUCCAAUGACCUGCUGCCACGUGUCCACCUUCUCCAGUCAUACGGCGUAUCCCAUGCCGACAUUGUCCACGUCACCAUCACCGACGCGUCCUGGCUCCGAAGCUCCCUCCCUCAAAUCCAGGAAACGAUUGAGUUUCUCCUGGCUCGGGGUGUCCGCCGAACCAAGCUAGGCUCGGUGGUCCGAGGCGCGCCGUUCCUCAUCCGCACGCAGGCUCGUUCAACGAAUCUGGACACCCUGGUGGAGAGGGCAGGGGUUCCUGUGGAGAAGCUGGGUGUGAUUAUAGAGAGGUGCCCGAAUGUUUUGUGCCGGAGUGAGGAGUCCAUACAGGGUCGGAUCGAGUUACUGUCAGCCUACUUAACAGAUGAGUACGAAGAGGAGGUAGAGGGAGAUGAUAGCAGCAGUAGCACAGGGCACCUGAACCAGCACCUGACGCAGCGCCUGAAUCGGCAACGCCUGGACAAAAACCACCUGACGAAACUUCUCCUAAACUACCCUCGCAUCCUCCUUUCCUCUCCCGAGCGCAUCUCGACAAACCUCGCCAUCCUCCAGUCCUUCACUCCCCCGGGUAGCCCCUCCAUCGCCAUCCCCGCUCUCCGCCACGCGCCCUCCAUCCUCAACCUGGGCUCAGAGAAUCUCUUAGCUAAGCUCCAGCUCUUUGUGGAGCUGGUGGGGGAGGAGGCUGCGGGGAGGGUGGUGCGGAGCCACCCGCUGGUUCUGACUCUUUCCAAGGAGAAUCUGCUAAGGAAGCUGGCGGUUUUGGGUGGUCUGCUAGGGCAGGAGAAUGCUGCACGUGCCGUGGCACGGUUUCCGCUGCUGCUGACUUCCAGUGAAGAGACGAUGAGGGAGAGUUUCAGAGAGCUGGUGAGGGAAAUGGAAGAGGCACUGGACGGAAGUGGGACGGGUGAAGGUCCGGAGGGAGGGUUGCGGGAAGGUGGAAUAGAUGAGGGGAAGCUGCGGGACAUGGGAUUUCGGUCUCGAAAUGCAGCAGCACAGGAAGGGAUUGAAAGCAGGGCUGGUGGAGAGAGGGCACGCCAGCUGGUGGUGAAUCUGGCAGUGAAGGCCCCGCAGUGCAUCUAUUACAGUUGGGAGGGGAACAUGAGGCACAAGGUGGAGUACUUAAAGCGGGACAUGGGACUCUCUAUAAUGGAGGUGCUUGCCUGCCCUGCCUUCCUCGGGUUCAACCUGGAUUGGCGAAUCAGGCGGCGACACGUGGCGCUGCUGCGGCUGGGCUAUGUGGUGGCGCCGCAUAGGGAGGUGAUGCUUCAAAAGAGGGGGAAAAAGGAGAGAGCGGAUGGGGCAGGAGCUGGGAUGGGGGGAAGGAAGGAGGGCCAGGUGUGUGAGGAGCGGGAGGGGGGGGGAAAGGAGGAAGAGGAGGAGGAUGAAGUGCAGGUGGGGAAUGGUGACAAUGAGGUGAUUUUUGAGGCGCCUCAAAAUGAGGUGAAGGGAAAUCAGCAUGAGUUGGAGAGAACUGGACUCGCAGUGGGGGUGGGGGCUUCCCAGGGGAGCCAGGAGGGUGUGGGCCGUGUGGCUAUGGCAAGUGAUGCUUUUGAGCUGGAAGGUGCGAAAUCGCAGCGACCGGUGAAAGUUGUGUGUGUGUCUCAGUUCCUUGCCUGCACUGACACGCGGUUCGAGGAGAAGUUCAGUGUUCAGUUGUAGCACGUGGUACUGAUCUCGUUGUCAGGCGUUCCUUUCGAGGCGCCUCAAAAGAAAUCUCGUUGGCAGGCGUUCCUCUCAGUUAUUCUACUGACCCCGCCAUCCUCCGGUCUGGUCCUUCAAUUUGUAGGUGAUUUUUGGGAGUGCAUGGUGCUGAAACUACUCCCCUUGACCACAUGGGUCAGUGCCGUUCUGGUUCCAGACUACAGUACCUACCACGGAUAGGUUUGAAAAGCUUUUAAGCAGCAUACAUAUAUUGAGGAACCUUACAUGAAUAAGCAGAGCAAUCACAA